CUGUGCAGUCAGCAGCUCUGGAUUGCAGAUGCAUGCUGCGCCACGUGCGAUUCAGAGACAUCAUCGUCGCGGGAGCUAUCGAAGCAUGAGCAUACUGUUUGUCAGAGCGCUGGACGACUAUUCGUGGAUGGAGAAACGUGGCAGUUAGCGCCCUGCACUUCAUGCACAUGUCGAGUGGGCAAUGUGCUGUGCCGCGUGGUUGAGUGUCCACCAAUCGCAUGUAUUGCUCCAAAGUACCGCCAACAAGUUUGGGUAAUGUGGUUUGCACGGACAGUGAUCAUGUUGUACAUGUUGCCGGGUCCAGCUGGAAGACAGACGAAUGCACCUCUUGCAAGUACAUUUCUUUUCUUGUUAUAAAA